UUUAUAUUCAAGAUGGCGAAGUUCGUUUUUUAACUUAAAAGUGUGAAAAUCUUUGGCAAAAUAUUGUGAAAGUAAAAAGUUGUGAAAUAUUCGAGAAGUAGAUACAAUUGACCGAUCCUUUAUAAGUUGUAUAUCUGAAUUUAUAAAUAAAAUAUUAAUGUAAUUAAUAACAUAAUUCCUAUAAAUGUAGACGUUAAAAACGUAACGAAUAUUUAAAGAAUAUUAUAAUUUAUAUGUAGCUGUAAAAAAAGAUAAAAUAAUGUGAUAUGAAUAUGCGAUGUCUGAUUAUAUACCUAGAUACAAGGCAUCUGUUUCCAUAAAUAUGAAUGAAAAUGAUCUUAUUUUGUUCGUUUUGCAAUUGUGCCUAUUGGCGUUAUUAAAGAAAAGAAAACGAACAAAAAGAUGGCUAAAUUGGAGAUGAUGGGUUAGACUCAUUAACGUUGUAUAUAUGGGGAUUAUGAACAUCUCUUUCAAAAGAUAAAGUAUAAUGAUCCAAGUAUAUUUUGUCGAUAUACAAGGAUGAGAGAGGAAACUUUUAAGCUUCUGCUACAAAUGACAAGACCAUUUUUGACCAAAUCAACCAAAUCAUCGAGCAUUUAGUCCAGAGCAGCGUAUUUGAUCAUAACUCUAAGGUAGUUACUUAUUUUCUUAUGAGCUGUUUAAUUGAAGAAUGAAACAUAUGUGUAAAACAAUAUCAUUUUCCAAAUGUUUUAUUGAUAUGCAGUAUUUUUGCAUAUCAAUAUUUCUAUCAAUUAUUUUGUAUAGGUUUUUAGCAACCGGAGAUCAAAUACUAUCUAUUGCAUUAGCGUUUAGAUGUGGAGAGUCAACUGUUCGAAAAAUUAUCCAAGAAACUUGUCGAGUUCUAGCCCAAGUAUUGCAGCCAAUUUACCUUUGUUUGCUAACAGAAGAAAAAUGGAAUAAUAUUUGUACUGGUUUUCUGGAAAGCUGGAAUUUCUCCAAUUGCGCUGGAUCUUUUGACGGAAAACAUAUAGAAAUACAAGCUCCGCCAAAUUCCGGGAGUUUAUUUUUUAACUACAAAAAGACAUUCAGUAUUGUGCUAAUGGCUGCAUGUGAUCAUAAAUAUAUGUUCACACUAGUUGACAUUGGUUCAUAUGGUGGCAAUAGUGACGGUGGUAUUUUUACUUCUUUUGACAUUUAUUCAGCAUUGGAAAAUGAAUUACCGAAUCUUCCCAAAGGGACUGUAAAUCUUCCUGGAAGUAACAUUACAAUGCCUUGUUUUUUUCUUGGAGACAGUGGUUUCCCGAUCAGUACUUUGAUGCGAUCUUACUCCGGAAAAAUACUUAAUGAAAGAAAAAAAAUAUUUAAUUAUAGAUUAUCUAAAGCAAGGUAUUAUAGAAAAUACUUUGGUAUUUUAUCUUCACGAUGGAGAAUUUAUCGAAAGCCCAUUAAUAUGCAUCCGAAAUAUAUAGACAUGAUUGUCAUGGCGACUGUAUGUCUACAUAAUUUUAUAAAAUGUGAGGAAGAUCUUGUGGAAGCGAAGAACAGAAUAUACUGUCCUCCACAUUUUAUAGAUUCAGAGAACUCUGAAGGUAACAUCAUCCCCGGGGAAUGGCGACAUAUACUGAAAAUGUACUGAGAGAUAUAUCUCCCACUUCAAAGCAUCAUGCAAUUACAAUUGCAUACAAACAACGAGACAAACUGGCUGAUUAUUUUCUAACACAACCUGGCGAAGUUCCGUGGCAGUAUGAUUAUGUAAGAAGAGGACAACAUCGUGAUGAUUCAUAAUAAAAUACUAUUGAAAAUUAAAUAUAUAUAUUUAUGUAAACAUAUGCUUAUGUUAUAAUAAAACGAUUUAUUACAUUGCAUAAAAAAAAAUAAAUAUAACAUUUUGUGUCACUCGUUACAUAUUGCAUAAAAGAAAUAAACAUAACAUGUAUUAUCACAUUAUUAAUUAUCACAUAUAUUGCAUUAAAAAUUAAUAUAUCUUAUCAGUAAUAAUUGCAUGUUACAUAAAAAUAAAAAAAAACGUAUCAUUAAUUAUCACAUGUUACAUAAAAAAAUAACUUAACAUUAUCA